CCCCGCGGGUCAGGGCUGGGCGGGGCCCGGGGUCGCGAUCUCGGCCGGGGGUCGCGACAGAACCCCACCCCCACCCCCCGCCGCUGCCAUGUCGGCCGAGAGCGCCGCGGUGCCGGCCGAGCCCGGGCCGGACACACAGAGCGUGGUGAGCCGCGUGGCCGGCCUGCCCCUGGUGAGCUGCGCCUGCGGGGCCGUGGCCGCGGCGUACGGGCGCACCAAGGAGCGGCACCCGAGCGUGGGCUCCGUCUGCAGCGCGGCCGAGAACGGCCUGAGGACCCUGACAGCGGCGGCGGCCAGCGGGGCCCAGCCCCUCCUCACCCGGCUGGAGCCCCAGAUUUCCACCGCCAACAGGUUGGCCUGCAGAGGGCUGGACAAGCUGGAGGAGAAGCUGCCCAUGCUGCAGCAGCCCCCCGAGAGGGUGGUGGCCGGGACCAGGGCGCUGGUGUCGGGCACGGUGAGCGGGGUGGCAGCGAGGACGCGCUCGGCGCUCGGGGCCGUGGUUGGCACCCGCGUGGGGCGGCUGCUGGCCUCGGGCGUGGGCACCGUGCUGGGCAAGUCAGAGCAGCUGCUGGAUCGGUACCUCCCCGGGAUGGACCAGGAGCCGGAGGUGACCAUGGGCACGGAGGUGGCCCCGCAGGAGCGGCAGAGGCGGUGGCAGAGCUACUUUGUCCGCGUGGGCUCCCUGUCAGCCAGGCUGCCCCACCGGGCCCUGCGGCGCUCGCUGGGCGACCUGCAGCGGGCACGGCUCCGUGCCCAGCGGCUCCUGGGCCAGCUCCACCACGUCAUCCGGCUGAUCGAGGAGGGGCAGCAGGGCACGGACGGGCCCUGGCACAGCGCCCGGGAGCACCUGCACCAGCUGUGGCUGGAGUGGAGCCAGCAGGACACGGUGCCCAUGGAGGACAGCGAGGUGGAGGCUCGCACUCUGGCCAUGCUCCAGGGGCUCCUGCAGCAGCUCCACGCCGCCUGCUCCCACCUGGCCGCGGGCGCGCGGGCGUUCCCCAGCAGCGUGCAGGAGACGGCGGGACGCGUCCGGCUCGGCGUGGAGGGCGUCCAGGCCUCCCUGGGCAGCGCCCGCUCCUUGCAGGAGCUGUCGGGGCCGGCGCUGGCGCGGAGCAGGGAGGCGGUGACGCGGGCGCAGCUCGGCCUCGAGGGGCUGCUGGAGCACGUGGGGCAGCACACGCCCCUGCCCUGGCUCCUGGGGCCCUUCGCCCCCGCGCUGGUGGAGUACCCGGAGGACGUCCCGGUGGACAUGUCCAAGUGGGAGGGCUGUGUCACCGUGGGGGGGACGCGCCGGGUGCCCGCUGCCCCCCAGCUCUGCGGCCGGCACUGAGGUGUCGCUGAGCUGGGGCACCCGCCCAGGGGCGUGAACCCCAAUCCCAUCGGGAAU